UUGAUCAAUUGGUUUGCGGAAAUAUUGCAGCUUUCAAAGCUACCUUGUAGCGUUGUGCUUUAAACGGAGCGCUACUUGAUUUAUUUUCCUCAAACACAAUAUACUACAUUACAUUAGAUUACAGUCUGUAUGAAAACACGCCAUGUCGUGUUGUCGCAAUUACAGACAUGUCAUUUUGACAGCCUUGCAUAUCUUCCAUAUUUUUUAAACGAGGCGUUUCUCAGUGUGUUCUGGUCUAAAACGCAAUAUGUUUUUAUUUAAAAGUAUUAAGUUGUACACAAUGCAAUGUUAUUUUCGGUUGCAGCGGGUUUGGAUGUAACGUCAACUUUGAUGGGUGUUUAGAGAGUCCCAAGUAAAUGGAAGGCAUCACAAGGUCAUGCAUGCAGCCGGGCCUCUAACCUGCACUUUUUACACCCCAGCCCUGCAGCCUGUGUGCUCCCAAUAGUAGGAGGUUCUUCUCCCUUCUCCCUCCAUUUAUUUCCCCACUCCCAACAAGCCCAGGGUUCCCUAUGUUCACUCUGUUGAGCAUGUUUUACUACAUCUGUCUGCGGCGACGCUCCAGGAGUGGGACUCGCGGCGAGGCGCUGACCAGUCGACGGGCUGUGGAGUCUGGCCAACGGGCGAUAUUGCCAGUCAGCGUGGAGGUGGAGCAGUAUGUCAAGGAGGUUUUGGACUUCAGCUCUCAUUACGGCAGCGAAAACAGCAUGUCAUACACGAUGUGGAACCUGGCCGGUGUACCCAAUGUCUAUCCCAGCUCUGGGGACUUUACACAGACUGCUGUGUUCAGGGCUUAUGGAACAUGGUGGGAACAGUGUGCCAGUGCUCCACCACGUUUACGACGCACCCCUAAAAACUUCUACAGCCAGGAUUAUAUCGAGCUGGGCUUUGAAGAACCAGUUUACCCGACAGCUGUAGAGGUCCUUGAGACUUAUUACCCUGGGGCCGUCAUCCAGAUUCUGGCCUGCUCACAUAACCCCUUCUCCCAGAAUCCACCAACAGAUGUCAGGUGGGAGGUAUUGUGGUCGGGGGAGCCUACCAAGGUACUGACACCUCAGGCACGGCAGUUUUCACCUAACAUCAAACACAUCAGUUUCCCUACCAACCUGCUGCGCCUGGAGGUCAACAGCUCUCUGCUUGAUUACUACACCGAGCUGGACGCUGUCGUCUUACGUGGUGUGAAAGAGAGGCCCAUGCUGGCACUCUACAAGAUGCCUGUCAUCAACAUCAUUGACCUCAGUGAUGGCGAAGAGGACCUGUCUGAUGUGGGAGGUCCAUUAAGACAAUGUGGAAACAGCAAGAUGGGCAAUGGCUUCUUUGACAAACUGCCAUACGAGCUCAUUCAGUUGAUUCUGAGCCACCUCACCUUGCCAGACCUCUGCCGUCUGGCCCAGAGCUGUAAGCUGCUGCACCAGCACUGUUGUGACCCGCUGCAGUACACCCAGCUGAGUCUGCAGCCCUAUUGGGCCAGGCUGAAUGACACCUCCUUGGGACACCUGCAGAGUCGCUGCACACGCCUCCAGAGGCUCAACCUUUCCUGGACCGGCAACCGGGGAGCUCUCACCCUGAAUAGCUUCAGCAGUUUCAUGAAGGUCUGUGGGCUCAGCCUGGUGUCCCUGGAACUGUCUUGCUGCCACUUCCUGACAGAGGCCUGUUUGGAGGUCAUCGCCCAGACUUGUCCGGGGCUACAGGGGCUUAAUCUGGCCUCCUGCGACCGCCUCCACCCGCAGGCCUUCACACACAUUUCUAAACUGACACGCCUCCGCCGGCUGGUGCUUUACCGCACCAAGAUUGAGCAAACUGCUAUUCUUAGCAUCCUGACUUUCUGCAUUGAAUUGAAACACCUCAACCUCGGGAGCUGUGUGAGGAUUGAAGAUUAUGACGUUUUAGCAAGCAUGCUGGCCGCUCGCUGCCGCUCACUCUGUUCACUUGAUCUGUGGCGAUGCAGAAACCUGACCGAUCGAGGCCUCAAUGAGCUCGUCUCUGGCUGCAGAAUGUUAGAAGAGCUGGACCUGGGCUGGUGUCCCACACUGCAGAGCAGCACCGGAUGUUUCCAGCACCUUGCCCGCAGCCUUCCACGCCUACGCAAACUCUUCCUGACUGCCAACCGCUCAGUCUGUGACUCAGACAUAGAGGAGUUUGCCACCAGCUGCCCUUUGCUACAGCAUCUUGAUAUACUGGGCACAAGGCUGGUGGGCCCUGCCUCAUUGAAGAAACUCCUCCAGUCCUGUCCACGGCUUCUCCUGCUGGAUGUUUCCUUCUGCUCCCAGAUAGACACUCGGGUCAUGCAAGAACUCUCCGGCCUCUUCCCCAAUGUCGCCAUCAAGAGGAGUUUCACACACUGACCCCAGCAGGGUCUUUAGUUCUGGCUGUGGGGAGGAAGACCGAAGCACAGCAGACGACGGAAAGACACUUCUUUACCCCAAGAUCUGCUAUUAGGGCUCAAUAAGUGAGUGAUCUGGAUUGGCACGGAAACCGACAACAGACUCGCAUCCGGUGAGUUACAAAAUGUGAGACUUAAUUUAUGAUUUUUGGACUCUUUGAAACCAGGGCUAUUGCAGUGAAGCAACUGCACGACUUAUGGAAAGGCCAUGGCUGGGAAAUAUGCUUUACUGAUAGUACAUCACAAAGUAGAAAGAAAAAAAAGAGCAACACGGUAUGGUUUUUGAGCAAGGAUCAGGUGCAUCUUUGUGCCUUUAGACUUUUAUUACCAUGUACGGUCAUCAAACAUGCAUUUAAUAUUUUGCCCGCUGGCCAUUUUGUUUUACAGGUGCUGUCAUGUCCUCCUGAAAGCCAGCGUCCUCUGCAUUGGACAUUUCAGAUUGACAUAAUCAGGGUUUUCCCCCCCAGAACAUUGAAAAAAGAAAUAAACCAAAAACUAAUGUCCACUGCAGUGGACACUGGUUCUCAGGAGGAUAACAGUCAAACUAAUUUUGAGUUUGAGUUAACACAAGCACCAUUUUAGUAUUACUUCCAUUGUUUGCAAUAUUAUUAUUAAAUAUCUCAACAUUUCACCAGUUGCAUAGUAAUACCGUAUUUUUCGGAGUAUAAGUCGCACCGGCCGAAAAAGCUUAAUAAUGAAGGAAAAAAACAUGUAAGUCGCAUUUUUUGCGGAAAUUUAUUUGAUAAAACCCAAACACCAAGAAUAGACAUUUGAAAGGCAAUUUAAAAUAAAUAAAGAAUAGUGAACAACAGGCUGAAUAAGUGUACGUUAUAUGAGGCAUAAAUAACCAACUGAGAACGUGCCUGGUAUGUUAAUGUAACAUAUUAUGGUAAGAGUCAUUCAAAUAACUAUAACAUAGAACAUGCUAUACGUUUACCAAACAAUCUGUCACUCCUAAUCGCUAAAUCCGAUUAAAUCUUAUACGUCUAGUCUCUUACGUGAAUGAGCUAAAUAAUAUUAUUUGAUAUUUUACGGUAAUGUGUUAAUAAUUUCACACAUAAGUCGCUCCUGAGUAUAAGUCGCACCCCCGGCCAAACUAUGAAAAAAACUGCGAUUUAUAGUCCGAAAAAUACUGUAUCCAAAAUAAUCCAGCCAAUGCAAAGUUGCUCAUUUAUUUCUAAAAAUGAGUCAUGCCUGAAAACAAAGAAUUGGUGUUACCAGUGAAUCCUGUCUCCAAUAAAUGCACCACUAUAGCACACAUUUGGAGUAUUUUAUAUUUUGUCCAAAUCAUUUGUUUUCACAAAAUGAACACCGAGGCAUCACUCGUUGCACCUUAUUGUGACUGUCAAUAUGGUAGACGUCUUCAAGUAAACAACACAUUCACCUGCUCAUCGGAAGGACGCCAACAAUCAAGUAGUCAAACUUCACAUGUACAGUUUCAGUCAGACGUUUACAUCCAGUCAUGAUCUAAAAUAUAUUAAACUGGCACAACAGGUUACUACAAAAUAAACAGGAUGUUUUUGUGCCUUCUAUUCUUGCUUGAAGUGUGUGAGACAUCUUGUGUUUGAUGGUAGACGUGCGCUCCUGAACCAAAGUGAUGCGAAGAUGCUGUUUGUCACAAGCGCACUUGACUGGUUUAGAUGCCACAUACUGUGUAGCUGUGCCAAAUGUUACGCAGAAAUAUGUUUUAUAUGUUUGUGUGCUUUUUAUUUUGAUGUAAAUACUGUAUAUCCAUUAUUAUCUGCUGAAAGACUUAAUUUGGGGGAAAUACAGGACUUGUUGAACAAAAAUUGCCCCAAAGAAUGACUACCUACACUUCUGGCCCCAGAUUAUUGUCUUUUUCUUGCUUUGCAAUAUUCUUUUGUGAUUACAGGUUUUAUGGAAAACCACUACAUGGGCUGGGUCUUCUAAAGUCCAUGCAUUAUUUGUUUCCAGUGUCCUAGGCUGAGAUAAUGUUGAGCAAGUUCACACAAGCCAGCAACACAUCUGCUGUAUCUAUUUAUGUUUGAUGUACAAUGUUGCUGCGACAUAAGGAAAAUGCAUAAAACUAUGAUUAAUGUGGAUUUAAGGUACUCUGUUCUAUUUAUAUUGAACACUGUUCUACUGAUUUACUCAAAUGUAAUGUGGAAAACAUGAGUUUCAUUUAAAGAUGGAAAAAUACAAAUUUAAUCUAAAUUUUAGUUUAAAAAAAAGGAUCCACGUGUUUUCUUUUGACAUGUUAUUUUGGGGUCCACAUUGUGAACCCCUGAUAUAUUUUGACCUCUGCAUUUUGUCAAUGACAACCCCUACUCCCAUCCAGGAUGUCAUUUUGUUUUGUCAUUAGUGGAGCGUGUUUGAUGAAGCCACCAUUGCGUGAGAAGAUUGUGCCUCAGCGUCCAUGAAACUGGGUGCUUCACUUUAACCACAUUUGAAAUAAAAUCCUUGUGUGUGA